AUGCAGUUCCAGUCUGGCAACUGUGCCAAAACGUUGGCAAAAGUAGAUGGAUCUGGUGCAAAAGAUUUGUCAGUCGGCCCAAGCACAUUUGGUUUUCCACAAGAUGCUAAUCAGGAAUAUUUUAACCAGGCUUGCCAGUGCAGUUAUCCAGUUUCAACGCAAGGCUUUCCAGAUUUACCAAGCGUUCCAGAUUUUGUUCUGAAUAAUGCUUCUGCUGCACUCAGGGAAUAUCAACAAUUUGACCACUUUUUCAGACCACUUCAGCCUCUGGCACCUGAUGGAAACCAGGUGCAAAAUAGUGGCAUAAAUACCGCACAUCGCAGUAGACCUUCUAAUGCAUCCUCCUGCCUUGAUCAUGUAGAAGAAAUAACUUCUCAUGACACGGAUGGUUAUGACGACAGAGCUAUCUCAUUUGGGAGUAGCUGCAGCACAGGAAUUGCGUGUUAUCCAUAUAGUAGCCCUAUGCAAAGUGAUGACUGCAUUGCAGACACGCAGGAUGGGACCUGGGCUGCUCUUAUGCAAAUGCAACAGGCUUUGGAGGCGGCUAAUGAUGAGUGCAGUGACUUGACUUUCAAUAACACAGAACUUUCAGGUGGGAAUACCAUGCAGCAUCAAGUUGUUUGGGACAAUGGCUGUUUAGCAAGUCCGUCUUUCACCUCAAACUUUUUACCCUUCCCUGGAGAGGCUGAAACCACGGUCACAAGUACCAGCGCUAUGUUUAACUUACAUAACUCUGUUGAUCUCCCGUAUGAUAAUGAUCAAGACAUAUCAUCUUUUGAGCUCAAAGUAGCUGAACAGAAAGAGGCAACCACAAGCCAUGUUUGUGAACAUCGAGAUGAAAUGCAUUCUGCUGAACAGGGGGGAAAUCCUGGCCACGACGGAUCUUUUGAUUUGACAAUAACCCAGGACAGACAGUUCAGUUCAUUUGUUAAUGGUGCAAAUGGAUCUGUAGAUAGUGGAAUGAACCUUUAUGAUUGUGAAGAGCAAAUGGAAAUUGAUUCACUCCUAAGUUCAUUUGGAGCAUCAAGUGAUACCUUUGCACAGACAUAUGAAAUGUUACAGAAAGGUGAAAAUAUUGUUGACCUUGAAAAAAAGGCUAAAUUAGCAGAAAGCAUUUCUGCUACAUUCAUGACUAAUACUGUCCCAUAUAUUACACAAGCUGGGGUGACUGAGUCAACUGUCUCUGAUGGAUCUUCUUGGACUCAACAAUAUCAAUCUACUUCCCAGUCAUGUGGUUUAUCUUAUUCUUCAGCUUCUCAAUGGGAAACCAUGCCAGGUACUGUUUUUCCUUUAGGGGGUUGUCGAAAUGAUGUUAGUGAGUCCAAUUCAAUGACUAGCCUGGGGACAAAUGGCGAUCUCCUGUUAUCUUUUGGCCAUACUUCAAUGCAGCAGCAACAGAGUUUAUCUAGUGAUACUAAUUUGGAAUUGAUUGACAAUUUUGCUAACCCUUGUCAAGAGUUUGUGAUGGGUAUGGAUGGUCAAAGGAGCCACCUAUACCGUGAUGAAGCACUGGCAACCCAAGGUGUAUGGGCGGCACAUCCUGAUACGAUGGUACACUCUUCAACUGAUACUGGACGUUCAGAUGUACAGCUGCCCAUGACACAGACUACUACUGUUCCGCUGCCUGCUCCGAGAUUGUCCAAGGGGCCCAACUCAUUAUUUAUUGGAACAGAGCUUAAGAAGGUUGACCUACAUCAUACAGGUAUGCGGAUGCCCUUGACACAGACUACUGUUCAGCUGCCUGCUCCGUGCUUGUCCAAGGACCCCAACUCAUCAUUUAUUGGAGCAGAGGUUCAGAAGGUUGACCAAAAUCAUUCAGAUAUGCAGCUUCCCUUGACACAGACUAGUCAUGUUCAGCUGCCUGCUAUGAACUUGUCCGAGUACCCGACCUCGUCAUUUGUUGGAGGAACAAAGCUUAAGAAAGUUGACAAACAUGAUUCGUAUAUGCAGCUUCCCAUGACACAUGCUAGUCAUGUUCCGCUGCCUGCUACGAGCUUGUCCGAGGAUCCGAAGUCAUCAUUUAUUGGAGGAACAGAGCUUAAGGCAGUUAACAAACAUGAUUCAGACAUGCAGCUUCCCAGGAUACAGGCUAGUCAUGUUCCACUGCCUGCUGUGAGCUUGUCUGAGGAACCGAACUCAUCCUUUAUUGGAGGCACAGAGCUUAAGGAAGUUGGCAAACAUGAUUCAGAUAUGCCGCUUCCCAUGACACAGGCUAGUCAUGUUCCGCUGCCUGCUGUGCGCUUAUCUGAGGACACGAAAUCAUCAUUUAUCGCAGGAGCAGAGCUUAAGGAAGUUGACAAACAUGAUUCAGAUACACCGCUUCCCAUGGCACAGGCUAGUCAUGUUCCGCUGCCUACCAUGAGCUUACCUGAGGAUACGAAAUCGUCAUUUAUUGGAGGAACAGAGCUUAAGGAAGUUGACAAACAUGAUUCAGAUAUGCAGCCUCCCAUAACACCGGCUAGUCAUGCUCCACUGCCUGCUGUGAGCUUGUCCGAGGACCCAAAAUCAUCAUUUACUGGAGGUACAGAGCUUAAGGAAGUUGGCAAACAUGAUUCAGAUAUGCAGCAUCCCAUGACACCUGCUAGUCAUGUUCUGCUGCCUUCUGUGAGCAUGUCCAGGGAUCCAAAAUCAUCAUUUACCGGAGGUACAGAGCUUAAGGAAGUUGGCAAACAUGAUUCAGAUAUGCAGCUUUCCAUGACGCAGACUGUUCAUGUUCAUCUGCCUACUCCGAGCUUGUCCAAGGACUCCGAGUCAUCAUUUGUUGGAGGAACAGAGCUUGAGGAAGUCGACAAACAUGAUUCAGAUAUGCAGCCUCCUAGGACGCAGGCUAGUCAUGUUCCGCUGCCUGCUGUGAGCUUGUCUGAGGACCCGAACUCAUCCUUUAUUGGAGGUACAGAGCUUAAGGAAGUCGGCAAACAUGAUUCAGAUAUUCAGCUUCCCAUCACACAGACUGUUUGUGUUCAGCUGCCUGCUAUGAGCUUAUCCGAGGAUCCGAAAUCAUCAUUUAUCAAAGGAACAGAGCUUAAGGAAGUUGACAAAGAUGAUUCAGAUAUACCGCUUCCCGUGGCACAGGCUAGGCAUGUUCCACUGCCUACCAUGAGCUUACCUGAGGACACGAAAUCGUCAUUUAUUGGAGGAACAGAGCUUAAGGAAGUUGACAAACAUGAUUCAGAUAUGCAGCCUCCCAUAACACCGGCUAGUCAUGUUCCACUGCCUGCUGUGAGCUUGUCCGAGGACCCAAAAUCAUCAUUUACUGGAGGUACAGAGCUUAAGGAAGUUGCCAAACAUGAUUCAGAUAUGCAGCUUCCCAUGACGCAGACUGUUCGUCUUCGGCUGCAUGCUCCGAGCAUGUCCAAGGACUCUGAGUUGUCAUUUGUUGGAGGAACAGAGCUUAAGGAAGUCGACAAACAUGAUUCAGAUAUGCAGCCUCCCAUGACGCAGGCUAGUCUUGUUCCGCUGCCUGCUGUGAGCUUGUCCGAGGACCCGAACUCAUCCUUUAUUGGAGGUACAGAGCUUAAGCAAGUCGACAAACAUGAUUCAGAUAUGCAGCCUCCCAUGACGCAGACUAGUCUUGUUCCGCUGCCUGCUGUGAGCUUGUCCGAGGACCCUAACUCAUCCUUUAUUGGAGGUACAGAGCUUAAGGAAGUUGGCAAACAUGAUUCAGAUAUUCAGCCUCCCAUGACACAGACUGUUCGUGUUCAGCUGCCUGCGAUGAGCUUAUCCGAGGAUCCAAAAUCAUCAUUUAUCAAAGGAACAGAGCUUAAGGAAGUUGACAAACAUGAUUUGGGUAUACCGCUUCCCAUGGCACAGGCUGGUCUUGUUCCGCUGCCUACCGUGAGCUUACCCGAGGACACGAAAUCCUCAUUUAUUGGAGGAACAGAGCUUAAGGAAGUUGACAAACAUGAUUCAGAUAUGCAACCUCCCAUAACACCGGCUAUUCAUGUUCUGCUGCCUGCUGUGAGCUUGUCCGAGGACCCGAAAUCAUCAUUUACUGGAGGUACAGAGCUUAAGGAAGUUGGCAAACAUGAUUCAGAUAUGCAGCUUCCCAUGACGCACACUGUUCGUGUUCAGCUGCCUGCUCCGAGCUUGUCGAAGGACCCCGACUCGGCAUUUGUUGGAAGAACAGAGCUUAAGAAGGUUGGCCACAUUGGAUAUCCUCAGCAAAGUAUCCUGCUCUCAGCAAGCAAACCUUCACACCCAAUCGGUUUGCCAGUUAUCAAGUUUGAUGACGAGGUGGGUUCACGGUCAAAGAAGCGGAAAAGGUCAACAGAAGAUGUUUUAGCAUCGCAUGCACAAGCCAUGUUCGAGGGUGGGAGACUGCAAUGUAGAAGGACACCUGAGUUGGCUUGGGCUGAUGCCACAUUGACUGAGAAGGUUGACGGUGAAAAAGCAACGUCGGAAAAUAGCACCUUCGUUUCUCGAGCUCAGAGAAGACUUACUUUAACGACCAGCUUGAUUCAGUGUCUCCUUCCUGCUCUGUCAGCGAGACUUCUUGCAGCAAAAGUUGCUGAUUGCGGUGAAGCCAUUGUGUACCACAUUUGUAAACUGGUGCUCAGUGAUAUGUCUGACCCAGUUCAAUCUUUUGUCAGCGACACCAACAACUUCAUGCAAAGUGAAAACAUGCCACCGAACGAGACAAGCACCUCCGGAAAGGAGGACCGUAAACUCUUAUCUGAAGUUCUGGAAACCUUCGAUGUGAGGCUUGGCGGGCUACAAAGCUCCUUGUCAAGAAUCGAGAAUAUGCCCAGCUUCCAAGACUACGCGGCAGCGCUACACCAAAUCGAGCAGUGGUCCAUGACUCAUCAGUUCAUAAAGCUGAACGAAUACAAGAGAUUGCAUGCCGGCUACGGCUCGGGUCCUAAAAGGCCUCUUUGCGUCGGAGCCAUCCGGAAGCAUGCCGGAGGAUCUUCCGCGCCGGUCUCAGAGCUGAAAAGGAUUCGGUGUCGCUCACUCAAGUAG